AUGAGCGUAGCGCCCUGCCAGACGGGUAUUGGCCCGGGCGACCGCCUGCUAAUGGCGGGCCGAGGUCUGCCGGAGCUGUUGCUGCGGAGCGUGGCCACGGGCGGCCGGGCGGUGGUCGCUGCAGCCCGCGGCUGGGCAAGUAUUGGGCGGGACCUCCAGGCGCGGCCGGAGCAGGGUCCGAGGCAGGGGCCCACCCGUGCCCAGGAAGCUCGAGAGGCCGGAGUCCGCUGCGUCAGGGAGCUUCCGAGGUUUAUUGAGCACGUUUGUUCAUCCAAGAAGCACCUAUUGAACGCCUGCUGUGUGCGAGCCCUUCUAGGCGUUGGAGAUUCCCUGAGAUUCCUCCUCGCAGGAAGAGGCCAACAAGGGACACAACGGCUCUCCAGCGGGGACUGGUGCCAAGGGCUGCUGAGAGGUGGCAGCGGGGGCCUUCACAGGCAUCUUGCCGGGGUUCGAAUCGGUGAUGGCCACAGAGCUUUUGGGAAGGACCACAAAGAAGCAGGCCCCCAGGCAGGUGCGGAUGGCAUCGUGCAGCCCAAGUCUUCCCUGCCCAGUGGGGGCCCUGCAGAGCCCCUAUACCCCCUGCCGCCUGAGCUCCAGCCCCCCACGAACUGCUGCAUGAGCGGCUGCCCCAACUGCGUAUGGGUGGCAUACGCGGAGGCACUGCUGCAGCACUACCAGGAUGGCGGGCAGCGGGCGCUGGCCGCCCUGGAGACGCAUGUGGCUGAUGAAAACCUCAGGGCCUUCAUCAGGACCGAGAUCCAGCUGCGCAUGCGCCCCGGCGACUGAACCGGCUCACCCUCCCCGCGGAGACCCUGGCCAGGCAGCUUCUGCACGGGGGCAAUAAGGGCCCUGAGAUUCAAGCCACUUCUAUGGGAUUUCUCAGGCUGAACGGGAGUAUGAGUAAUUACCGACUUUACCCGGGAAUAAAUGCAUACUCUGUUGGCUUAAACAGGCGGCUUUGUGCUGCUUUCUGGGUCCUCAGGCAGGUAAGACCCCUGUCACCUCCUCACAGGAAGCAAUGCAGGCUGGCCUCAUAAGCUUAUGGAAUGCCUUCCUCCACAGCAGCCCUGGAGGGACCAUAAGGCCCCACUUCCUUUACAGUCAAGUUACAGUGACCCCAGGGUCCCCAGAGGCUGUUCUGAGAUCAGCUCUGGUCACAGAGGGCUGCUUUGACAGGCAUGUGCACCCCCGGACAGCCUAGGGGGCCACCCAGCUCCAGGCCAUCCCGUUAAGGUCCUUGAGGAGACACCCCACCUAGCAGCUCAGCAUGCAGGGUCUAAACACUGCUUGGCGAUCAGCACUCCAACCCACCCAGGCAUUGCUUCUGAGGCUGACUGCACCCUUUGGUGAAAAAGACUAUCCUUUCUCUAUGAAACUCCUUUCAUUUUCUUAAGUCAAUUCAUGAUGUAUGCGUGUGGUUCUACUUCCGGGUUCCUGUUCCAUUGAUGUAGCCAUCUUUACACCUAUACCACUGACUUGAUACCUGUGGAGCCCUGGUGGCACAGUGGUUAAGUGUUCAGCUGCUGACCAAAAGCUUGGCAGUUUGAAUCCACCAGCCACUCCUUGGAAACCCUAUGGGCAGUUCUGCUGUGUCUUGUAGGGUCACUAUGAGUCAGAAUCAACUUGACGGCAAUAGGUUUUUGGUUUCAUACUUGUAGUUUUAAGGAAGUCUUAAAAUCAGGUAGUGUAACUCUUCCCUCCAACAUUUGUUUCUUCUAUUUUAAAGUUGUUUUGGCCAUUUUUUAGGCCCUCUGCACGUCUCUAUAAAUAUUAGAAUCACUUUGUCCAUCAGUUUAUCAAUGCCUGCUGGGACAGUUUGGAAUUGCAAUGAAUCUAUAGAACAAUUUGGGGAGAACUGACAUCUAAACAACACUCAAUCUUCCAGCCUACAAGCAUAGUGUAUUUCUACAUUUAUUUAGGUUUUCCUUAGUUUAUCUCAAGCAAUGUUUUGAGAUGUUAAGUGUGCAGGUCCUGCACCAUCUUUUGUCAGUUUUAUUCCUAAGUGUUCACAGUUAAUAUAUAGAAAUAUGUUGAUUUUUGUGUAUUGUUCUUCUAUCCUGCAACCUUGCUAAACUUUUUAGUCCUGAUAGCUUUUUGUGUGCUUCCAUCAGAUUUUCUAUUGUUGAUCAUGUCUUCCUCACAGUUUUCCUUCUUCCCUUUCAGUCUUGAUACCUUUUGUCUUUUUCUUGCUCUCCUGUACUGGUUGGUACCUCCACUAGUAUUGAAUGGGAGUGAUGAGAGCACACAUCCUUGCCUUGCUUCUGAUCUUAGCAGAAAAGAAACUUUCUGUGUAAAGAAUCACGUUACUCUAGUGUCUUUGCCAAGCUGAGGAAGUUCCAUUCAUAGUUUUUUUUUUUCCCCCCCUGUGAGUGGGUGUUGGAUUUUGUCAGAUGCUUCUGCUGCACCUAGGUAAUCAUAAAGUUCUUCUCUCUUAGCUUGUUAAUCUGGUGAAUUACACUGAUCAUGUGUUCAAUCCUACACCCCGGGACAAAUACCACUUGGUUGUGAGGUACUAUUCUUAUGUAUUGCUAGAUUCAAUUUGAUUUGUUUUAGAAUCUUUGUAUUUUUUUUCGUGAGGUGUUGUCUGGUUUUAGUAUCAGCCUAUGCUGGCCUCAAAGGGUGAGUUUAGAAGUGUUCUCUCUUGUUCAGUUUCCGGUAAGUUUGUAUAGAAUUAGCAUGAUUUCUCACUUAGCCUUGUAGGGUGGUGUGAGUGGUGGGAGAUGAGCCUGAAGACAGCAGCAGGUUUAGAUCCUGCAGGCUCUCAGCCACAUUCAGCUUUUUGUUCUAAGAACAACGGGGACCUAUUUAGGGCUAGGGGCCAGGAGGUGAUGCUGGCUACCUAUAGAUGACACACUGACACGUGGUGAAGAAUAACGUGCUGCAGUCCACCAGUCCACCCAGAGUCCAUCUUUGCUGACAGAGGCUACAGCAAAUUCCUGCACACGACACCGCUUUCCUACUUAGUUUCUUCUUUUCGGUGGAGAAUUUUCCAGUUUAAAAUUCCUUAACAUUAUGUAUAAUAAACAUGUAUAAUAAAAAACUUUUUCAAGGUCAAUUAAAUGGUUUGUGUAGGUUUGUUAACAUUUCUGUUUAAUU